AUGCUCGGCCUGGCCAUGAGUCGCAGCCUGGGGGAUAAACCGGCGCACACUGUUGGGGUCUCCGCCACUCCUGAGGUGGUCGUGCGUCGUCUCGACCAAUCAGACGCCUUUUUGGUGCUCGGUUCAGACGGCCUGUGGGAGUAUGUGGGGGACGACGAGGCGAUAGGGGUGGUGGUGGUGGGGGGAAGCAUAGAGGCGGGAGUGAAGGCGUUGCUGGCCUUGGCUAAGGAGAGAUGGCUGACAAAAGAUGGGGUGCUCUGGUCAUGGGGUUCACACAUAGGAAGGUAUAGUGGUCUGAUAGAGAAGGAGUGGGGGGGAGGAGGGAAGCGUCUGGGCUUGGCUGAGGAGCAGUGGCUGUUCAAGGGAUGGGGCGGAGUAUGUUGA